GUUCCGACAGCAAAUUUAACGACGACGACGAUGAAAACGAGUAUCGUACGUACACAAAUACACGACGAAAUGAAAUGAGAAUGAAUAUGUUAAAUUGUCGAACGGUACACAGUCAGUCGACUAGUAAGCAUCAUCAAAUACAGGUAGCUAUACAUUGUUGUUCAUUGAAACGUCAUUGCAAAACAUGUCGGAACGAUGAGUUUAUACACACUCAAACAAAAAUGAAAGAAACGAAAGACAAAGCAUUGGAAGUUCGAAAAAUUCGAAAUUAUGUUGGUUCGAAAUGUCAAACAUUUCAACCACACGUGCGCUACUGUCACAACCAUCGUACGUAAACAUAACCAACAAAAAUCACACACUUCAACUCCGACACACAGUGCGUGUUAUUGAAAAUAGACGACGAAUUUAGGUUUUUUAUUUGGUGCAUUGUGGAUAUUAACAGUGAAUAAAUGCUAUGGUUUGCUUUGUGAACGAUAGUUUUUCAAAGGACGUGGCCAAAAUGACGACCAAUAAACCAGCCGACGACACUAUUGACGAUUUAACCAUUGAUGAAAAUGCAUUCUUGCAUUUGAAACUACAGAGAAUCGCUGGCGGCAGCGUGAUUGAAUAUCAACCAACAUUUUCGCCGCAUGGAGAGUCAUUGUUUGUCAUUUCGGAUGACCACAUUCUAGUAUAUAGCACACAAACUGGUGAAUAUGUUCGUGAAUUGGAAGGAAUCCCAAGCAAAAAAAUUAUCGCAAUUCAAUGUGAUCCGAACAAUCCAAAAUUGCUCUAUGGUUGCACUGAGUCCGGCAACAUAAUUUCGUGGAAAUGGAAAUCGGGAGUUAUCAAUGAGAAACACUUUCUUCAUCUACCGACUCAUGGUGCAAAAAGAGUCGAUACAUUUGCAUUAAUCAGUCUGAAGGAUGCGACUCAGACUUAUGGUUUGAUCACAUGGCGACAAGCUAAUAAAAUUAACGUACAAAUUGGCAUCUUUAACUUGUUGAAUGGCUUGCAAGAGGACAUAAAAUUGCCGCUCCUGUUGACUGCAUCAACUGUCCGAACGGCUGUGCCACCGUCACAAGAUUACUUCGUUGUGGUUCAAGACAACUUUUUGUAUUGUGUCAAUCAUUUGAAAGGUGAAGUUCAAAAGUGGAAGAAUGCCCAAGGCGAUCUUCUGACAUGCGUUGCUUGCCAUCCAAUACAGCAAGCGGUCGCGACUGGAGAUGUCAAGGGUAGAGUUUUAUUGUAUCGUCAAAUCUUCCGAAAAGGCGAACCGAUGACCACCCUCUAUCAUUGGCAUCAUACACCGGUCACGACAGUCACAUUCACUCUGUCCGGUUCGAAUUUUUACUCGGGCGGUUUGGAAAACACACUGUGCCAUUGGGACAUUCGAGGCAAUAAACCAAUCGGUUUCGUACCUCGUAUGCAAGGUACACCCGUGCACAUCGUCAUUGGAGCGGAAAAUCAAAAAAUUUCCGUCGCCACCGAUGAUAAUGGCAUUCAAAUUUUUAACGCACAAAAUAAUCCAACGGCUGUCAUUCAGAAUUUCACGUGGAUCCCGUUCGACAAAACGAACAUACCGAAAUUUCCGAUUGGCCUGAAAGUUAAUCCAAGAACCAAUUGCUUAGUGCUCAACGGACGAUUAGGCCAUUUACAAUUUUUCUCAACACACACUAGAACAUUGCUGUAUAAUCUUGACACAACGGCCCAAAAUCGAUUGAAUAUCGAAGCUGAAAAGGUGUUGUACAAUUUGUACGUGUCGCAAACGGCUUUGAAUCAAGAUUGGUUGGCAACGGCUGAAAUUCUCGAUGACCAUGUGCACACAAUCGAGUCUCGUUUGAAGUUUUGGAAAUUCGAUGAAGCGAAACAGGUCUAUGCAUUGAAUACACAAAUCGAAUUGCCCCACGAGAAUGGGCUUAGAACAUUGGAAUUUUCGACGCCACACUCGGUGGAGAAUUUGUUGUGUGCUUCGAGUGGUGAAUACGAUGUGAAAAUUUGGGCAUUGGAAGACUCACCAAAUGAGAAAAAAGGAAAAGUGUGGACUUGCAUCGCUCGUACCAGCUACAAGAGUUUGCCAAUCAAAUCGAUCGGUUUCUCAUCGGAUACAUCGUUGUUGGGUGUUGGAUUUGGUAAUACCUUGUGCAUUUACAAUCCAGAAACGUUGAAUUUGCGUUGUGCUUUGAGUGCUCCAUCGGGUUUGGAUGGAAGUGUAAGCAAGAUGACAAUCACAUUGCCCGGAAGUAACGAUAGAAAAGAUUUGGCCAUAAAACGGCAGCAAUUUAUUGAGAAGCGUAAAAAAUUGCUCGCAGCAAUUCGUUCGAUGUUAGAAACUGAUGACACCGUUUCGGUAGCGAAAAUUAGUGGUGGUAUUAAGUCAAAGACAGAAUCGAAGCCCAGCAAACAAAAACAGCCAAAACAAUUAAUAGAUGAACAAAAGAAGAUCAUUUUCGAACAGGUGCUUGCUUCGAACAGUAUCAAUCUGUUCCAGAAGAUCCAUAUUUUCGAUAAGUUCAAUUUGCACGGUCGAGUUCCGGCGAGGUCGAAAAAGGCGUACACCGAGUAUUGUGAGCAAGUAGAUAGAAAAAUUGAGUGCACAAACAUUCUGGGUCGAAUGUUGAAUCUAUCGCCAAAGCAAAAAUUCAAAUUUGCCUACAAGUACAAUCAGUCCAAUCUGCAAAAGCAACGGAAUCGCCAUACAUUGGAUGCCUUUAAACGUGUCGUUGGUUUUACAAAGACUGCAACUAUGAAAAAGAUUGGCAACGGUCGGACUGAUGAUGAAAUUUUAAAAGAAUGUUCAACAGACAACGAAAUCACAUCAAAUGUUCCACAAAAGCCUACGGUGAACAUAACGCAUGUUGCAUUUUGUACGGGUGAAUUUGCCCAUUUAGUCAUUGUAUGCACCGAGAGACGAUUGUUGAUCUGGAAUUUACUUACGCUUCGACUACAAUCCGCAUUCAAAAUUGAGGUUGAAAAACUAACCGUCGAUUUGUAUACGAGUUUAGUGGCAAUUGUCUCGAAGAAUCAUGAUUUGUACGUUUUUCUACCGAACACACCAAUUACCCUAUAUCAACACAAGCAAUUACCGAAAAUUGAUGGUUUAGCAUGGAUUCCACGGCAAUAUCCACGUAGUCAUUCACUUACAAUUGACUGGCAGGCUCACACCGAACUCUAUUUCUUAAGUAGCGAGAAACAGGAAUUGCUGCGACUUGUUUCAACCAACGAUGAAGACUCGUACAAUUCGAACGCUUUUUACUUAAGCGAUAAUGCGCAGACCGUACCCAACACACCGUUCGCUGCAAUGAUAGCCAAACAACAAACCAAUUAUGCCAUCGUUGAAUCGAAUCAAGACAAACGCUCCACUGUCACUUACGGAAUUGGCGUCCCAGGCAAAGACAGCGUUAAAGAGUUGACAGCACUGCAGGCUCACACCAUGGCACCGAUGAAUUUAUUCUGUACACGAUUCCUGAAAUCAUUGCUGGUUAAAGAGGAUUCAGCUACGAAACCACAGCAACCGUCUAGUGACGAUGAUGACGACGAGGACGAGAAAAUGCAUUCAGACGAUGACUGAACCAUCAUUUGCAAAUGAAAAACCACCGCGGUGAAUGGAAAAAACAGCUGCGGAACAGAAAUGUUUUUUUAAUUGGAAAAUACCUCUUGCUUUUGAUUCGUUAAGGCAAAAGAGUUCUUUUUUUUACUUUUAAGCAAAAAGUAACGUAAAUUUAAGCAAAAUGAAGGAAUGUAAAUAUCAGUUACUUUUUUUAACUGUGUUAGAAGUAUUUUCUUUGUAAAUGAGAAAUUUUUUUCAAUGGAAAUAAAUGAAAAAAACCUUUUUCAAAUGAA